AUGGGCACUUAUUUUGCAAUUGGGGCUUCCCUUGUGAUGGUUUUCGUCAACUAUUUCAUUGUUGGCUACUAUAACUGGGGUUACUACCGCAUUUAUAGUGACUCGAUGCACAUCUUUGUUGCAGUCACUGUAACAUUCUCUGUUGCAUCGCAAGCUGCCUAUUCCAUUGCAAGACUCCGUGUUCACAACAAAGUCACAGUGUUACAAGUUCUUGGAGAGCUAAAAUGGGUGGUCGUGAUGGCAAUUUUCAUGGGUGGACUAUCAUGGCAUAUGUUUAAGGCGAUUGCGUGCCAUUUACUAGGUAUUAACAUGGCAUGGGAAGCAACUGCAAAGGAUAUCGAAAACUCAAACUUCUUUCAAGAAGUGCCUAAAGCCAUCAAGAAUUACUACAUGAUGUACAUUUGCUGCAUUCUAAUGUUGAUUGCCAUUCUUUGCUUGGCAUAUGCGGUACCUUACGCAUACCAAAUCCGUGGAAUCGCUCCCAUUCUCCCUUUGGCUUGGAGUCUUUGGAGUCAUAUUCUCUCACCGAUUGUUCUUAAUCCUCAAAUCACCACUUUUUCAUGGUGA